CAGCGGGCCGCAGUGUAAAUUUAGUAAAUACCAAGUCUGUUACGACGCGAUGGUCGACACCUGGCGCUCUCUUCCUCAGUAUGAAGAGGCAAAAGUUGAAAACCGAAGACUAGGCGAGCUGUGGGAUGACGAUGUCACUCGCAUAUGCGCGCAUAGAGAAGAACACGACUAUGGGGCUAGGUAUAAAUUGUAACAGAUAAGUGGUGAGUUUGAUUCAGCGACUUUGGUUGUCUUCUAAUAUGGUGAUCUUGGUUGUGAGGAGAAACGUUUGAAAGAAAGCAUGGAAAGACUCAAGUAAAAGAGAGGAAAGGGAAGUGGUUACGUAGGUUGAACCUGACUUGCUUGUAUAUGUGUAUGUGUCACUGUGGUCUGAUAGUAGGAACAAUGUGUUGCAGGGCAACAAUACAGAUAUCCAUGUACUGUUGAUUAUAAAUGUGGUAUUAAAAAUGUUUUGUGUUUUUAAGCUUGGAUGCCCAACUCAAUCUUGGGGCUGGGGCUGGGCAUCCAAGCUUAGCUGUUUGUUUUUGUUUUUCAGGAUCUGUUCUAAAAUCUCUUUCAGGCUGUAUUUUGGAACCUCAGUUGUCACAUUAGACUUACGUUAUGCAAUAAAAAUUUCAACAUCUUCACCAACAGUCAGUGUAGUUCCUUCACCAACAGUGUCUUCACCUCCACCUGUAAUUGUGACACCACCACCACCUCCAUCUGUGGAUGUAUCACCAACAGUCAGCAUAGUUCCUUCACCAACAGUGUCUUCACCUCCAUCUGUAAUUGUGCCACCACCGCCACCUCCAUCUGUGGAUGUAUCACCAACAGUCAGUGUAGUUCCUUCACCAACAGUAUCUUCACCUCCAUCUGUGAUUGUGCCACCACCGCCACCUCCAUCUGUGGAUGUAUCACCAACAGUCAGUGUAGUUCCUUCACCAACAGUGUCUUCACCUCCACCUGUAAUUGUGCCACCACCGCCACCUCCAUCUGUGGAUGUAUCACCAACAGUCAGUGUAGUUCCUUCACCUCCAUCUGUAAUUGUGCCACCACCACCACCUCCAUCUGUGGAUGUAUCACCAACAGUCAGUGUAGUUCCUUCACCAACAGUGUCUUCACCUCCACCUGUAAUUGUGCCACCACCGCCACCUCCAUCUGUGGAUGUAUCACCAACAGUCAGUGUAGUUCCUUCACCAACAGUAUCUUCACCUCCAUCUGUGAUUGUGCCACCACCGCCACCUCCAUCUGUGGAUGUAUCACCAACAGUCAGUGUAGUUCCUUCACCAACAGUGUCUUCACCUCCACCUGUAAUUGUGCCACCACCACCACCUCCAUCUGUGGAUGUAUCACCAACAGUCAGCAUAGUUCCUUCACCAACAGUGUCUUCACCUCCAUCUGUAAUUGUGCCAUCAUCGCCACCUCCAUCUGUGGAUGUAUCACCAACAGUCAGCAUAGUUCCUUCACCAACAGUGUCUUCACCUCCAUCUGUAAUUGUGCCACCACCGCCACCUCCAUCUGUGGAUGUAUCACCAACAGUCAGCAUAGUUCCUUCACCUCCAUCUGUGAUUGUGCCACCACCACCACCUCCAUCUGUGGAUGUAUCACCAACAGUCAGUGUAGUUCCUUCACCAACAGUGUCUUCACCUCCACCUGUAAUUGUGCCACCACCGCCACCUCCAUCUGUGGAUGUAUCACCGACAGUCAGUGUAGUUCCUUCACCAACAGUAUCUUCACCUCCACCUGUGAUUGUGCCACCAUCACCACCUCCAUCUGUGGAUAUAUCACCAACAGUCAGCAUAGUUCCUUCA